AUGACUCAGUUUAACCAUUCAGCAGAGCUCUCUGCCCAGAGCUCAGCAAAUAAGUCAUUAAAUUUCACCGAGACACCGCUGGCCUUGGAUGAAAGGACACUGCUGGGGCUGAAGAUUUCACUGUCAGUCCUUCUGUCUGUUAUAACUUUGGCAACAAUCCUUGCAAACAUUUUUGUUGUUAUCACAAUCUUCCUGACCCGAAAGCUCCACACACCUGCCAAUUACCUCAUUGGCUCCUUGGCACUGACCGAUCUUUUAGUGUCCGUCCUAGUCAUGCCCAUCAGCAUUGCAUAUACUGUCACCCACACGUGGGCCUUUGGCCAAGUGCUGUGUGAUAUCUGGCUGUCAUCAGACAUCACGUGCUGCACAGCCUCAAUCCUGCACCUGUGUGUUAUUGCACUGGACAGAUACUGGGCUAUCACAGAUGCUCUGGAAUAUGCCAAACGCCGGACAGCUGGCCGAGCAGCGCUCAUGAUUGCAGUGGUCUGGAUGAUAUCUAUCAGUAUUUCUGUGCCCCCCUUUUUCUGGAGGCAAGUGAAAGCUCAUGAAGAGAUUGCAAAGUGUACUGUGAACACAGAUCAAAUUUCCUACACAAUUUAUUCCACCUGUGGAGCUUUCUACAUCCCCACUGUUCUCCUCCUGAUAUUGUAUGGUAGAAUUUAUGUAGCAGCUCGAUCCAGGAUCCUGAAGCCACCCUCUUUAUAUGGGAAACGUUUCACUACUGCACAGCUGAUCACUGGCUCUGCUGGCUCUUCCCUGUGUUCCAUUAAUGCCAGCCUUCAUGAAGGGCAUUCCCAUUCAGGUGGAUCCCCAAUAUUUAUCAAUCACGUUAAAAUAAAACUUGCAGACAGUGUCCUGGAAAGGAAAAAAAUUUCUGCUGCAAGAGAAAGGAAAGCCACUAAAACUUUAGGCAUUAUUCUGGGUGCUUUCAUUUUCUGCUGGCUGCCUUUUUUUGUCAUGUCCUUAGUGCUGCCCAUCUGCCAAGAUGCUUGUUGGUUUCAUCCCAUCCUAAUGGACUUUUUUACAUGGUUAGGUUAUCUAAACUCAUUGAUCAAUCCAGUCAUUUACACAGCUUUUAAUGAAGAAUUUAAGCAGGCUUUCCAAAAACUAAUACACUUCAAAAAGUGUUCAUCUUGA